GUCAACCAAAACUCUCCUUGGAGGCCUGAACUCUGUUUACGGGAAGUCGCAACCAAAGGAGACAAGUUCCGAUCGACCUUCACGGACUUAAAAGCAAUCCGAUUCUCCGGUUCUGACUAACGAGGAAUAAACAUGGGGCUUCUUUCCAACAGAAUCGACAGGAAGAGCCUGAAAACAGGGGAUCAUAUUUAUUCGUGGAGGACUGCUUAUACUUAUGCCCAUCACGGCAUCUAUAUUGGAAACAAUACAGUCAUUCAUUUUACAAGACUUGGCAAAGAAGGUACAGGAACUGUGGCGGAUCUCUUCUUGGUAAGCUCAGGACCAUCUCAAUCUCGAUUACAUUGCCCUAUCUGCACUCCACUCGAACAACGCAACGGUGUCGCUUGCUCAUGCUUGAACUGCUUCCUUGCCGGUGGCGUUUUGUACCGUUUCGAGUAUGCGGUCAACCUGGCACUCUUUAUCGCAAAAGCACGAGGGGGAACUUGCACUCUUGCAGUUUCGGAUCCAGAUUAUUUAGUGGUCCACCGUGCACUAUAUUUGCUCGAAUAUGGAUUCGGGCGCUACAAUGUCUUCCAGAGCAACUGUGAGGAUUUUGCUAUCUAUUGCAAGACUGGGCUGCUCGUUGUAGAUCGAGCAACAGUCGGGCAAAGCGGUCAAGCGACAUCGAUUAUAGGUGUCCCUCUAUCAGCUGCAUUGUCGACCCCUUUACGUCUUGUUACUACAAACAUUUAUGGGAUGGCAGCUACAGCGAUCGGAAUGUACUGUGUAGCUCGGUAUGUGGCUGAUAUCGGCGUGAGGAGGGAUGCUGUGAAAAUUUCGGUGGAGGAUCUCACAACAAUACCGGCAACAGGGCUUGCUUCAGGUUAUUGACCCACAACUUUCAGCAGCCCCUGCCCGUUAGCACCCAACCAUGUUUUUAUGUCAUUUGAAUAUGCUUACAUUAUCUAUGCGUCAAACUUUGUAAAACGUAUUUUGUCACUUUCGUACUGAGGGCAUGCAGAUAUACUGUUUGUUGUUCGUGUUAGAUAUUAACUCGAAUUCUAAUUAGAAAUUAAGUUCGAUUUUAUUAUAA